GACGGACGAAGUUUGAAGUUUAGCGCCACGAAAAGAGACACAGAGAGACAGAUAGGGACAGAGGAGGAGGACAUAGAAAGGGACAGAAACAGAGUGACACAGAGGACAGAGGCAGAUAGAGACAGACAGCGAGUGACAGAGACGGUGAGAGAGAGAGAGGACACAGAGGGAGACAGAGAUCUGAAGACACGGAGACACGUCUGUGUGUCCCGGAGGACAGACCGGAGGAUCGGAGAUCAGGGGGACAGACCGGACCGGAGGAUGUUUGAGGACCUGAUCGAGGCCUUCUGUGGUCUGGAGCCUCAAGUGUCUCCAGGGGGCAUGGCCUGUCGGAGGGGGCGGGGGCUGGAGGAAGCUGAGGAGGUGGAGUCCAGCCUGAGUGUGGGACAGUUCGUUCUCUGUCAUUGGUCAGAUGGACUCUACUACCUGGGCAAGAUCCAGAGGGUGAGCCCGCCCAGACAGAGCUGCUUCGUCACGUUUGAGGACAACUCCAAGUUCUGGGUCCUUUGGAAGGACAUCCAGCACGCUGGAGUGCCGGGGGAGGAGCCUCGCUGCUCUGUGUGUCGGGAGGCGGAGCCGAACUCUGACAGCCAAUCAAACCAAGACAACCAGAUUCUGAUCUGUGGGAAGUGUGGCAUCGGUUUCCACCAGCAGUGCCAUGUCCCUCCUGUAGAAGGCAGCAGUCUCAGUCCCUGGUUCUGCAGACGUUGUGUCUUUGCUCUGGCUGUCCGGAAAGGGGGCGCUCUGAAGAAGGGUCCUAUCUCUAAAGCUCUGUCAGCCAUGAAGCAGGUUCUGCUGUACGACCUGGACUCCCUGGACUGGGACUCUCAGCACCGGACCAAUCAGCAGCAGUGUUAUUGUUACUGUGGAGGCCCCGGAGAGUGGUACCUGAAGAUGCUGCAGUGUUUCAGGUGUCAGCAGUGGUUCCAUGAGGCGUGCACUCAGUGUCUGCAGGAGGCCAUGAUGUUCGGAGACAGGUUCUAUCUCUUCCUUUGCUCGGUGUGUAAUAAAGGAUCAGAGUACGUGCGACGCCUGUCCCUGCGCUGGGUGGACCUGGUCCACCUGGUCCUCUACAACCUGUCCGUCAGCAGCAAGAAGAAGUACUUUGAACUGGACGAGAUCCUGGCCUUCGUCUCUGCCAACUGGGAACACUUACAGCUUGGAAAGCUGUCCAACACUCCUCCUACAGAGAGGGGGCAGCACCUGCUGGACGCUCUCAAUAAAUACAAGAGCAAGUUUCUGUGUGGGAAGGAGAUCAAGAAGAGGAAGUGUAUCUUCCGCCUGAGGACCAGGGUUCCCCCUAACCCCCCCUCCAAGCUGUUCCCUGAGCGCACUCCGAGUGACGGCGUGCAGGGACGUAAGAAGGGCGUGGUCAGGACCAGCACUUGCGCUGAGAGGAGGAAGAGGAAGUCCAAGUGGCUGCUAGAGGACGCCAUCCCUACAAACGAGCUGUCUUGCAGCUGGACCUCCAACCAUCACAUGGCCAACAUUUUUGACUUCACUCUGGAUGAGCUGCAGAGCCUGAAGAGCAGCUCCAGUAGAACCGUCAGUAUUGAUCAGGACUCCACUGAUGCCUCCACCUCCGGGUCUGCUACCACCAGCGCCUCCUACAGCUUCAGGAGGAGGGUGGGCAGCAGGAAGAGGAAGUUGCCUAGCAACAGCUACAGCCAGUGGGCCAAUCGCAGCGAGGCGGGGGAGGAGUUUGGGGGAGAGGAGCCUUCUCUGGAUGACCAAGAAGCUCCGCCCCACCUGACAUCAGACUCCUCCCACUUCCUGUCUGACUCCUCCCAGAUAUCUGACUCCUCCCACCUCCACUCCUCCAUCUCCUCGUACUUCGGCGUGGCGGGCCGGCUGACCAACGGCGAGCGCUACCAGGUGCUGGCCCGCCGUGUCACGGCCCAGGGGACAGUCCAGUACCUGCUUGAGUGGGAGGGGACCACGCCUUAUUAGGACGGCACGGUAACAGGUGAAGCUUUGACCCCACCUCCUCUAACACACAGCCAGCUGCUGAUUGGCUCAACCAUUCAGACCCCAAAACUGGACCAUAUGGUCAUAUGUUCCAAUAAACCUCCAUGUCCCCUUAAACCACCCUGUUGGAGAGCUGAGCUGUUGGCUGUGUCUCUGCUGUGUGUGGAGGAGUCGGGUAUCAAAGCUGAACCUGAACCUGAAAAAACAGUGUUUAGUUUAAAUACAGCCAAAGACCACACACACACACACUCACACACACACACUCUCAGUCAGUAGUAUUAUGUCUGUUGUUUCUUUUCUCUGACAUGUUAAACAGUCAGAAGCUCCUGAAGCCCCACGCUGUCAAACAGCCCGCUGCCUCACCUGUCCCCUCCUCUCCUCUCCUCCUCUCCUCUCCUCUCCUCUCCUCUCCUCUCCUCUCCUCUCCUCCUGUCCUCUGUCCCAGCCGGUCUGAGGGUCCCAGUUCAUUCUUGUUGAACAGACAAGUUACACAAAGUGUUUUACAAAGUUACAGUUUCUGUGUUUUAUCUGUUUGUGGACUGAAUGUUUCAAAGACUUUUCAUAAUAAGCAACACCUGUAAACAACCACACACUGACAGUAAACAACCACACACUGACAGUAAACAACCACACACUGACAGUAAACAACCACACACUGACCGUAAACAACCACACACUGACAGUAAACAACCAUAAACUGACAGUAAACAACCAUUACCACGUUCAGUAUCUAUGCAAACAUCAGAGGUUAGCUGGAAGCUAACUCCCCCAUUGGUUUGAAUAAGGAAUGCUAACAGUGCUAAUAGUGCUAACAGUCUCUGAGACGUUAAACUGCCACUCUGUCACUUUAAACCUGCUGCCAUGGUAACCAUGCUCCCCUCCCAUUGGACGGUUGUUUUGAUCAUGUGACUGUUUGUAUGAUGCUGACCAAUCAGCUGCCAGCUUUCUCUGAAAUAAAAAACUGUUGUUUGACCUU